CUCUAGCUGUAACUCAGUGUCUCCCACCUCCCAGCAUCUCCUUUUUUUAAAAAACUCUCUGCCAGCCACACGGUAAACAGCUUACCGUGGAUUCUCUUAUUUAAAGACGCAGGCGAAAGCCCUGCUGUUUUAUUUUUGGCCUAUCCAGGAAUAACACAACAACACAGACGAAAAGCACCCUGAGGCUCCGUGGUGGCAUCCAGUAGACGUUACCUUCCCCCUGUGGGACGUUCGUGUGUAGCUGGGCUGUCAGAGACUUUAGUGGGUCAGCUGAGCGUGGUCUUUGCUUUCUGCACCACUGAGCUGGGAUCUCAUUUGAAUCUGUCCUGCUGGGUUUGCUGAGCCAAGAGGCUGCCUGCACCUGUGCCUGUGUGUGUGCGUGUGCACUCAGCAGUGAUCAUGUCCCUCAGACUGCUGCCCGCUAUCGUGAUGGAAAACGACGAGGACGAUGAUGGGAACUUCACCAACUGGAUGAGUAGCUACUGGGGUCACGGAACGGAUGGCGGACACUCCAGAGAGAGGAAACGUAGUUUCAGGCGGCCUUCGAAAACCAGCCUCGAUCGCAGAGCAUCACUGCCCACCGUGACACAACUGGAUGCCAUGAAGCUGAACAAGAUCCACACGGCGACCAAUGCGCCCAUUCCCAAAACGAGAGAAGACAAGGGGGAGGUCAGGCCUCACCAGAGGGCUCAUCGCAUCUCCUCGGACGAAAACCGGCCCAAGAUGGCCGUCACGGAGAGCCGCAUCACCCCCAUCCCAGAGAUCACAGAGUCCUUCCAGAAGAGGCUGUCCUUCACUGACAAGAAAACCACGUGUCUGAGCAAUAAAGACAAGAUAUGCCUGAUUUGCCAUGAAGACAUGUGCAAGAAUGGAGAGAGAGUUCAAGAACUUCACUGCACACACCGCUUCCACAAAGAGUGCAUGGAGCAGUGGCUGUGGAAGAGACAGACAUGUCCCACGUGCCGCGUCCACAUCUCCGUCAUAAAGCCUCUCUACUGGUCUUCGUCCCGCACCACUGUCCCAUGACGGCCCUUGCACCCGCAUGUUCAUUCCUGUGACCUCCUGGCUCCAGCAGGGCUGUGCAUAGACCUUUGGAGGGCAGGGGCUCAAAUUUAAAAAAGGGGCACAUUGAACAAAAACACCAUACAACAAGACAGCACACAGCAUUAAUCAAGAAUCUAAGUGGAUCCUACUAUAUCACUGCCAUCAUGCGGGGAAAUGCAAAGCAAAUAUAGUCUAUAAUUUCCCCAACAGGUAUAAAGUUGCUGUUUCUGCUGCUGACAGUCCUGGAGGGCUGAAUUGAUCUGAGACUGUAGCUGUUAAACAGACCAGAAGAGAGAAGGUCUCUGGUUAUGAAGUUAUGAAAUAAGCAAAUUUGCUGCCAUUUUACUAAUUAAGCCCUCAUAAUAUCUGUUUAGAACAAUCUGGCUGCAGACUGAUUUAUAGAUCCAAAAAGCUCAAAGGUUUGAUGUUAGUGCCUCUAGAUCAAGAUUUAUAAGACAAAGAAAACUCAGUAGCUGCUGGUAGGGCCCAUUCAGGGGCCUCCAGACAUUCGGGGGCCCCUAGAAAUGGUUUAAUUGUAACACACACCAUAGAUCUGUAGCAUCAUUUAUAGAGAAUGACAAUGUUAUUAAAUUUUAUUGAAUGCAUUCGGCUGAGAAAAAAAAAAGUAAAUUUAGGACUUAAUUAGGACGUUUACUUUGUAAAAGUUUAAAGAAUCAUCAUUCCUCCCUUUCCAUUGAGGAAGCGGUUAAUUUUGGAGAAGCACUUAAGACAAGACAAACCUACAAAACAGGUGAAUUAUCUUAAUCCACUAUAAAUACUGUAUAUUUAGCAAUUGUUGGAGCUAUUUAUUCUUUAUUUCUUUAUACAUUUGAAUUUUGUUAGUUUAUUUUUAAGCUUCUAUUUAAUUUUUAUUUUUUUUGCAUUAUUCAGAGUUUAUUUGCAGGUUAAUAAUUGUUUUUUUUAUUUAUAUUUUGUUUUCUUAUUUUUCUUAUUUAUUUUUUGUAAGUCAGACAGGAAGUACGGUGGGUCAGUCCACGUUCUAUGAAGGCCUGGUAAAGGACCAGCAGCCAUUUGGGUUUUGGGGCCUGUGGUUUUUAGCAGUGCAGGAGAGGUAGGAGAACAAAGAAAAGUUUGAUGAUUGUAAUUGCUUGCACAAAAGGAAAAUAAAAGCAACCAAGACAGUCAACAAGUUUGGACCUUAAACUUAUUUUGCCUGUGUCAAGAAUCUUGGCCCCAGUGCCUUAUAGUGGCUGAUGGAACUUUUUAUUGGAUGUUUGGUUUGACAAACAAUCGCCACUACAUCAAGUAGAAACCUCCCCGUGAAUCAAGUAAGGAACCAGCCUGUGGACUAAAAGAAAUAAUCCUUCAUCAUUGGACAUGUUGGAUUUAUGGAUCUCAAAGAUUACCAUCAAGCAAAGGUUUUGGAUCGUCUUUGAUGAAAUGAAGCGACUUGCUGCGUGAGGCCUGGAUUGAAACGUCACUCAUUAAUCAAACUGGUACGUGGCAAUAUUGUUCAAGCCGUAAAGGAAAACAGUGAAACUAUUGGGAGUUUAAAGACAUUUCACCGCAAAGACUGACGAGAUGAGUUUGAUGGGACAAGUUGACGCGUAAUUGGAUCCAGAUGCCCAUCGUGGAAAUGUUUGUUCACAAGAAUCAACCUCUUUACACAAGGAGAAACGUUUGUGCUUCAUCCCGUGGAUUACUUGUGGAUUAAUGUCGUUUUUAACAGUUUGAAGUCAUUCAAAGGGUCGCUAAAAAUAUCUGAUGUAGAGAGCAAAGAGGAGGACACUCAGAUGUCACAGGAGAAAAGAAACAUCAAAUUCACACAAAAGGGUUUGGAGUUUUAGAUAAAAACAUGCCAAGAAAAACAAUGUUUAAAGUGUAAACAGGCUUCAAAAAUUGUGGAGAAGAUCUCCACAACUUUUGUGGACGUCACAAGAAAAUGUUACGAAAAUGUCUUCUGACUUUGUCAAGUUUAUUAAAUGCUAUCAAGACGCAACUGAUUUACAUGAAUCCUUUUUAAGUUUGCCAUUGCUAGAAGAAGAAGUGAAAAGGAAAACUGUGUAUUUUCAGUCCAAGAUGGCAUCAUCCUCUGAUUUUAUGGACUAUGUAAAGGUUUAAUUGCAUUAAGCAGGAGAUCCAUACUCUGGAAAGAACAAUAAUGUUGAUGAUGAUCAGGUUCUUGUAAAUCUGGAUGAAAUAAAUCCUGAAGACAGUGUUUCUAAUGUUUCAAGUGUGAAGCCACGUUCAAAAACAUCUUCACAGCAGUCUCGGACUUCAUCCACCUUUUCUGCUCGCAUCAAAGCUGCAGCUGAAAAGGUGGCGGUCAUGGAGAGGAAAAGCUGAGAACAGAAGAGGAA